CUAUUUGAAUCGGUCUUAAUUCCUUUAACAAAUUUAGUUUAUUUAUCUGAGUCUGAGCAAUGCUUAAUAAUUUUCCAUAUUCUCUGACUCCAACGAUGGAAAAAUAAAUAAAUAUCCUGAAUCAACAUCCUGAUGGGAGAGGAGGAUCGACGAUGCAAGGGAAGCGCCGGACCCAACAGGUGGCGGUGCACUGAAAAAGCGUCGCCUGGAAAGCCCUACUGCGACAAGCAUUUGGCUCAGCAGAUACAGAAUCAGAAGAAAAAGAGAAAUCAGACUCAUAGCGAUACCAGUGAGAGGAAGAAGAAGGUUAUGGAACAAUCUGCGUGUUAUAAUAAGGUAGAGAGAGUUGACUCCGGUGAAGGACAAUCGACCUCAGCACCUUCACCUAAUGCUAUGGAUAAGCCUUCCCAAAGCAAGAAAGAGAGUUUGAUGUGUCAUCAAUGUCAGCGGAGUGAUAAGAGCGUUGUUAUCUGCUGUUCCAAUUGUAAUAGGAAGCGAUAUUGCUAUGAGUGCCUUGAGAAGUGGUACCCUGGGAAGACAAAAGAGGAAGUUGCGAUUGCGUGUCCAUUCUGUUGUGGCAACUGCAAUUGCAAAGCUUGCUUGAGGGAGGUUCUGGUUGUGAAGCCUCGCCAUAAGGAACUUGAUGUCACUGUGAAAUUGCGGCAGCUGUACUACUUGCUACAUAAAACUCUGCCAGUUCUCAGGCAUAUUCACAAUGAGCAGAGAUCUGAACUAGAGAUUGAAUCCAAUAUACGAGGUGUUCAAUUGAAGGAAAUUGAUAUAACAAGAAAUAAACUGGACAAAAAAGAGCGUUUGUACUGUGACAAUUGCAAUACAUCCAUUGUUGAUUACCACCGAAGCUGCCCCAACCCAAGUUGUUCUUAUGAUCUGUGUCUCACUUGUUGUCGAGAGCUAAGGGAAGGUCACCAGCCUGGAGGUAGUGAAGCAGAAGCAUCUCAGCAACAGUUUGUAGAAAAAGCUUAUUCUCAAGUUAUUGAUGGAGAUGGCUAUAUUAGUGUGCCAAGGAAAAGGCAUCGGUGUGAGAGCCAAGAGGCCCCUGCUUCCAAUGAUUCUAAAGCUUAUAUGUCCUGUCACUAUCCUGAUUGGAAAGCUAAUACUGAUGGUAGCAUUCCAUGCCCUCCAAAAGAACGUGGAGGUAGUGGUACUGCAAAACUGGAGUUGAGACGCAAUUUUAAAGCUAACUGGGUAAUGAAGCUGCUGCAGAAUGCAGAGGAUCUUACUAGCAAUUGCAAGUUUCCAAAUGUUGAUUACUCUCAAGGAUGCAGUACAUGCCAGUCAAAUGUUUCUGGGGGGAACAAUAAUAUAGUUUCCAAUGUUAGACUGGCGGCUUUCAGGGAGAAAAGUAACGAUAACUUCUUAUUCUGCCCGGAUGCUUUUGACAUGGCAAAUGAUGAAACCAAUCAUUUUCAGAUACAUUGGAUGAGGGGUGAACCUGUGAUAGUUAGAAAUGUUCUUGACAAGACAUCUGGACUUAGUUGGGAACCUAUGGUCAUGUGGAGGGCUUUUAGAGAAACAGGUGGCCAUGUUAAGUUCAAAGAUGAGACACGAAGUGUGAAGGCCAUUGAUUGCUUGGAUUGGUGUGAGGUUGAGAUUAAUAUUCACCAAUUUUUCAUAGGCUAUUUAGAGGGCCGUAUGCAUGAAGAUAGCUGGCCAGAGAUGUUGAAAUUGAAGGAUUGGCCCUCAUCAACAUUAUUUGAGGAACGUUUGCCCAGGCAUAAUGCUGAAUUUAUUGCAGCACUCCCCUACAGUGACUAUACUGAUCCAAAAUUAGGUCCAUUGAACCUUGCUACUAGACUUCCUGACGACUCACUGAAACCUGAUUUGGGACCCAAAACAUAUAUUGCAUAUGGAUUUCCUGAAGAGCUUGGUAGAGGGGAUUCAGUCACAAAGCUGCACUGUGAUAUGUCUGAUGCGGUUAACUUACUGACACACACGACUAGGGUGAAGAUUGCUCCCUGGCAACAUAAAAGCAUAAGAAAGAUACUAAACAAACAUGCAACUGAAGACUUGCAUGAACUUUAUGGUAGAAUAGAUGAGGCUGGGGAUCGAGUUAGAGGACAGUCGCUUAAACGAACUUAUGAACAUGAGAUCAUGGUUGCUGAAUGUAUGAAAGGUGAGAAUAUUGUUGAUAAUGACCGGACAAGUGUUAGUACUGAAUCAGAGUAUACAAAUGUUCAGAUGCUUGAACAUCAAAGGAAUAAGAUGAAAAAAUCCAAUUUCUCUAGAUGUGGUGAUAUUUGUGAGACAGACUCAUUUCUAGAAGGUAAUGACACAAGGAAGCAAUGUCUGAAUAAGCAGUGCUCUGAAUUGGAGGAAAGCUCUUUACAAAGAAAUUUAUAUGAUAAGAAAAAGUUGUUUACUGAGACUGUGGAUCAGAAAUCAAGGACAUUGGAUUUUGAUGUGAAGGCAGAUAAAUAUCUUUCAGCAAAGGACCAAGGGGAGGAUCCAGGAUCAAAAAAGUCAAGUCCAGAGCCAUCAAGAGAUUCUCAUGAGAGUAAAAAACGGUUGGAGGUUGCCUAUGGUGGUGCUGUUUGGGACAUCUUCCGCAGGCAGGAUGUUCCUAAGUUAAUUAAAUACUUGGAAAAGCACAAAGAGGAAUUUCGCCACAUCAAAAAUCUUCCUGUAAAAUCAGUUGUUCAUCCUAUUCAUGAUCAGACUCUCUUCUUGAAUGAGAGACAUAAAAAACAACUGAAGGAGGAGUUUAAUAUAGAACCUUGGACAUUUGAGCAAUACCUUGGUGAAGCCGUUUUUAUUCCAGCAGGGUGCCCUCAUCAAGUGAGAAAUAGACAAUCUUGCAUAAAGGUGGCACUUGAUUUUGUAUCUCCUGAAAAUGUUGAAGAAUGUAUUCGGCUAACUGAAGAGUUUCGGUUGCUUCCAAAGAAGCAUAGAGCUAAGGAAGACAAGUUGGAGGUUAAAAAGAUGACACUUUAUGCUGUGAGUUGGGCUCUGAGAGAAGCCAAAAGUCUAUUGCCAAAUCUUGAUAAAUAGAACCAACAACAGGAAGAGUAAAAGCACCAGAUGGUUUUUCUGCCACUAUCUGUACAGAUUGGGAAUCUACUUUCUUAAUGCCGUUGCACUGUGCCCUUUUACAAUGUUGUUCUUAACAAAAGACAGUAAUUCUUGUUAAAACAAACUGUGGCUGAUCCCUAAUCUAUUCUAAUAAAGCCCGUCAUAAUUUUUUCAAAACAAUUUUUUCUUUUUCUUUUUUGAACUCAAGAUGAGAAAUAACACAUUUUUAGAUAGUUUGUAAGAUCAUUCUCAUCAAGUGUGCCAAACACCAAAUAUUUGGCAUUUGGCACACCAAACACCAAAAAACCCCUCCCAUGAGAUGUUCCAAAUGUUAUAAUUUU